UGAUUUAGUGCAGAUGGGUAACUUCUUUCUAUUUUUAGGUGAAACCUCUUUGAUUCCUAUCCCCUGAUGACACCCAUUUUAUAUCACGUACACCAGUCCUUUUCUGUCCCCACCACCCCUGCUCCAUUCAUCCCCGCAAAAGAAUUAUUACUUUCUUGUUCUUUAGCUGGCAACUGGCACCCAUGUACGCGCACAAAAAAAAAAUGGAGGAAAAUUUUGUCUGUAUUAGCUAGCAAUCUAGAACUUACCGUUUCUUAAACAGCACAUUAUUGUUAUCUUCUAGAUUUUAAUAUUUCUGAUCAUGAUAUGCUUAAUCAAGUAUGGCUCCUCUUGAACUGUUGUCCCACAUGUAAAUUAUCGAUUUCUAUGUUGCUUCGACUCUUUAAAAAUGCUGAUGGCUGCAUUUGAAUCUUUUCAAAGUAACAUAUUUUUGAAGAUUCAACAUGAAUGUAACAGCAUUUUUUUUUUAAAAUCCGAGCAACAUAGACACCUUCAUUGUAGUUGGAAAUUGAUUUCAGCACCCAAAGAUCUGCCAAAUGUCUGUUAUUGUAACGUUCGGUAUGUUUUGUCCUAUUUUAUCUCAGACCGUCGGUUGAACGGAUCUUAUUGACUGAUAGUUGAUGCCAAGUAACAGAACCUGCAACGUCAAUAUUUUUUGUCUUUCCGUACUAGUUUUGUAACGUUAUAAUUAUAUUCAGGAUUAAGCUUAAAUUACACAAGAAAUUUUUUAAUUAACCAGACCUUUUCCCCUUCUCUCUCUCUAAUCUCCUCUAUUUCCUCAUUUUCGCUCCCCAAAAGUUUGCAGAAAUCUUGUACUUUCAACCACUUGUUAAGCACAAAAUCUGCUAGCCAGCCGUUCUUCUUGACAACUUCAAAGAGACAAAAAAGUUUUUAAUGUACGAAACAAGAAGGUAACACGUUCUGGUCACUUCUGAUAAAAUUGGAACGAUAAAGAGAAGGUAACUCAUUUUGAAUUAGCGUAUAUAAUUAGAAUAAGAAUUAUGUAUGCUAAGUCAACCAGACAUAGAGAAUCUUUCUGAUUUUCUUGUCAUUCUUGAUCCACCACCUCUUUAUAGUAAAACCCAAUAGCCAAAUAUUAAAAGGGUCUUCUAAAAAUCUGUUUCAUUAGUCAUCUUAAAUGAAAGCUGGUGCCCCAAAGCUUCUCAACAUAUUGAAAAUGGCGCUCCUUUUCCUGCUUUGUGCAUUUUCCAUUCUUUUUCAGGGUUAUAAUGCUGAUUUAAACUUAAACACAAAUACCGUAGAUGAAAAUUCUCAGGAUAACCAUUUUGUCUUCCCCAAAGCAAAUUCUUUAGUCUUGCCUAAUCCAUCAGAUUACUUUUCUAGAGACCUUGUCUCCACCCCUUUGCCUACUAAUUCAUUUUUCCAAAAUUUUGUACUCAAGAAUGGUGAUCAGCCUGAGUACAUUCAACCUUAUCUCAUUCGCUCCGCUAACUCCUCCAUUUCUAUUUCUUAUCCAUCUCAGAACAUCUCCUCUGCCUUAGUAGAAGAGAUUUUUCACCCUGAUUUGACUAUAUCAGCUCUCAAGAAUCCUAAGCCAACGCAGCGCCAUGUAAUCUCAGCUUAUAGUGAUCUUAGUGUCAUUUUGGACUUGCCAUCAAGUAACCUUAGGUUCUUUUUGGUUAGAGGUAGUCCUUACUUGACUUUUGCUGUCAAUGGGAAAACUUCAAUAUCAAUCUCAACUGGUGAUUCAAUUCGCAAGCUCUCUCGUGAUGGUUCUUUUACUAAGUACACAAUCAGACUCCGCAAUCAGCAAACGUGGAUCCUAUAUGCAUCUUCUCCGAUUCAUUUGACUCAUACUGUAUCCACCAUCAACUUUGGUGGGUUCUCGGGUGUAAUUCGGAUUGCUCUCUUGGCUAAUUCGGAUUCCACGUUUGAGAAAAUCCUUGACGAGCAUAGCUCGGCUUACCCUGUGUCUGGAAGUGCCACUUUUGGGUCUUUUGCUCUCAAGUACAAGUGGGAUGUGAAAGGUGCAGGGAAGCUGCUUAUGCUUGCUCAUCCUCUCCACCGUCGACUUCUUACAAAAGCAAAUGCUCCAGUGACCGUACUGGAGGAUUUCAAGUAUAGAAGCACGGACGGUGAGCUUGUUGGUGUAAUUGGAGAUACAUGGGAUCUUGAAGCAGAGUCAAUCCCAGUAUCAUGGCAUUCGGUUAAAGGUUUGAAGAAAAAAUCAAUCCCUGAAAUUAUUCGUGCUCUUGAUAAAGAUGUUAAGACUUUGAAUGCAUCAAACAUAUCUACUGCAUCAUCUUACUUUUACGGGAAGUUGAUUGGUAGAGCAGCAAGAUUGGCAUUGAUUGCAGAAGAGGUUUCUUAUCCUAAGAUAAAGCCAGUAGUUGUUAAAUUCUUGAAGGAUAUGAUAGAGCCUUGGUUAAAUGGAAAAUUUGGUGCCAAUGGCUUCUUCUAUGAGGAGAAAUGGGGUGGCCUUGUGACUAAACAAGGGAUAAAUGACACAGCAGCUGAUUUUGGUUUUGGAAUUUAUAAUGACCAUCAUUUUCAUUUGGGAUACUUUGUGUAUGGCAUUUCUGUGCUUACAAAAUUUGACCCUUCAUGGGGAAACCAGUACAAGAAGCAAGCAUAUUCAUUAAUGGAAGAUUACAUGAACUUGGGACUUGAGGAGAACCAGCAUUAUACGCGUCUUAGGAAUUUUGACUUGUGGAAAUUACAUUCUUGGGCUUCAGGAGUGACUGAAUUUCCAUUUGGGAGAAAUCAAGAGAGUACAAGUGAAGCGAUCAAUGCAUAUUAUUCAGCUGCAUUGAUGGGAUCAGCGUAUGGAGAUGCCGAUCUUGUUUCUGUUGGCUCAACUCUUGCAGCCUUGGAAAUUCAGUCUGCACAGACUUGGUGGCAUGUAAAAGGAGACAACAAAAUUUAUGCACCAAGAUUCGUCAAGAAUAAUAAGGUGGUUGGUAUUUUAUGGUCUAGAAAGAGAGACAGCAUUCUUUGGUUUGCUGCAGCUGAGAGGAAAGACAUAAGGCUGAGCAUUCAAGUUCUACCAUUAUUGCCAAUCACUGAAGUUGUGUUUUCUGAUGUUGAUUAUGUGAAGGAGCUUGUGAAAUGGGCACUCACUAGUGUACCCAAAAACAGAACCGAGGAAGGAUGGAAAGGAUUUGUUUACGCAUUGGAAGCAAUUUAUAAGCCGAACCAAGCUUUAAAGAAAGUAAGGGACUUGAGCAGCCAUGAUGAUGGAAAUACACUCUCAAAUCUUUUGUGGUGGAUUCAUAGCAGAAAAUGAUCAUCACGAAACUUGAGAGGUUCACUAAUUUUGCUUGUUAGAUUGUUAUUCUUGAUGGGUUGAUCAUUUCCAUUUGUUAUUAACUUCAAUAAGUAUGAUUAGGAACAGAGAGAAUACCAAUGUCUUUAAUGAUCAAUGUCACAAAGUUCAUGUUUUUACACUAGACAAA